UUAGAGCUGGACUGCAUGUGUCCUCGUACAAAAGAACGAUCUAACAGCAAAGCUUGUAGCCCCAACAUUCAAUGUUAAAUUGAAACCAGAUUGUGAUUUUAUCCAGGCCUCUUUUGACCUGUGAUGUAAUUUUUUUCUCAUUGGCUGAUGUAGAAAGUUCAAUACAUGUCUGGCAGGUGUUUUAUAGUAAGGAAUCAGUACCCGGUGAUUAGUAUUCUGUUUGAGUUGGAUUGGAAUCUGGAAUACUAUUAUUGUACAAUUAAUGUGGUUCUGUCCAAGCUGUGUUAGUCCAUCAUUUGUGAAGAGAUAGAGGUGUAUGUGCGAUUCCCUCAGUGUGAAAAUGUAUCUGUGUGUGUGUGUGUGUGUGAGUAAGUAGCUUAUGAAGCAUUGCUCAUGUUCGUCAUAUUCUCAGUUGUUCCAUGUCUGCCACACAGUAUCAAUAACAUUAUCUAUUACUUAUAAAACACACAUUGACUUGAGAUGCAUCCUAGCUGUGCCUGUGGUUCUGGCCCAGUGAUCCAGACAGUGCCUGCAUCAAGCAGGCUACCUCUCUGUCUCUCUGCUGUGCUCAUUGGCUCCUAGUUGCCCUUUAAAAGGUAAUUGGCUUUGAGUCCAGCUCACCAGACAGAACCCAAACAGAUUAGAGCCCAUGGCAGGAGGAAAGGCUUUCUGCCCAGACACACACACACGCAUGCACACACACACACAUGCACACACACACACACACAUACAGAUAUACGCAGAUACAAAUACACACACACACACAGACACACACACACAUAUAAUAACUGUCUCUAUAGCACAGUCUAUCCUGUUUAUCAGUGUAUCAUGCAGGCCCAUUCAGAGAGAGGGAGAGGGAGCGACAGAUAAAGAUACAUAUUAAGGUACAUACAGUACGGUUUGCAGUGUCUGUCUUUGGAAGAAGGUGUGGGAGACAAUGGCUUUGUGAGAGAAAGAGAAAAAUGACACAGUCAGUCCUAGAGAUAGAGACUGGAGAAGCAUAAAGGGGAACACUGAGAGAGAUUCUGUAAGGUUCCACCAGCUACAUUUAAUGACUAAUUCAACUGGACUAAAAGCCAAACUGGCUGACUGGGUUUCUUGCUCCACUCGUUUAAGACAAAUGACUGACGUUUAACCGAGCCAUAACUAACUGUCCCCUCUGACUACCCUCACAGACGUAUUUUGCUUGAGUGACACAGUGACAGUUUGCUAAGGUCAAAGACAUAAACAGGGGGGAUGUCUUGGUUUGAGUAGUUAUAAGAGACAGCUGGCAGAAAUUUGCAGACGUUCGGUAAUUGAACAACUCUAAAUUGUUUCCAGUUUUGCUUGUCCCUGGCAUGUGAGAUAUGUACCUGCUGUGUCUGUUGUGUGUCCUGUGCCCCGCUAGCGUGCCCAUGGACGUGGGACAACCUGACCUGUUGGCAGGCUGCCAACGUGGGCGAGGAAGUGGUGGUCAACUGUCCAGAGCUCUUCCACGCCUUCAUGGAGCCAGAGGACGAGAUGGGGAAGAUCACCAGAAACUGUACGUUGGAUGGAUGGUCUGAACCCUUCCCUCAAUACGAGGAGGCAUGCUACUUUGAGGACAACACCACCAAACCGGAUAUGUACUACGCCUCAGUCAAGGCCUUGUACACUGUUGGCUACAGCACAUCGCUGGUGUCACUCACCACAGCCAUGGUCAUACUCUGCAGAUUCAGAAAGCUCCACUGCACUCGGAACUUCAUCCACAUGAACCUGUUUGUCUCCUUCAUGUUGAGGGCCAUCUCAGUCUUCAUCAAGGACGGCGUGUUGUAUGCUGAGGAGGACAGCAACCACUGCUUCGCUCACACGGUGGCUUGUAGAACAGUGAUGGUGUUCUUCCACUACUGUGUGAUGUCUAACUACUUCUGGCUCUUCAUCGAAGGACUGUAUCUCUUCACCUUAUUGGUGGAGACGUUCUUCCCUGAGCGACGAUACUUCUAUUGGUACACCAUCAUUGGCUGGGGCACACCCACCAUUUCUGUAACUGUGUGGGCAGCUCUAAGGCUUCAUUUUGAUGACACCGGCUGCUGGGACACAAAUGAGAACACUGCCCUCUGGUGGGUUAUAAAGGGACCAGUGGUGACUUCCAUCAUGAUUAACUUUGUCCUCUUCAUUGGCAUCAUAAUCAUCUUGGUCCAGAAGCUACAGUCUCCUGAUAUAGGAGGAAACGAGUCCAGCAUCUACCUCAGCUGUGCUCAGAAAUGCUUCAGUGAGCCCGCUCAGGCUGUUCAGCAUUCCUGCAGGAUGUCCGAGCUAUCAACCAUCACUCUACGUCUAGCCCGUUCCACGCUCCUCCUCAUCCCCCUGUUCGGUAUUCAUUACACGGUGUUUGCCUUCUCCCCAGAGGAUGUCAGCCAGAGAGAGAGGCUGGUGUUUGAGCUGGGCCUGGGCUCCUUCCAGGGCUUCGUUGUGGCUGUUCUCUACUGCUUCCUCAAUGGAGAGUUUCUCCCUGAAGGUGCAGUCGGAGAUCAAGAGGAAAUGGCGGAGCUGGACGGUGAACCGAUACUUUGCUGUGGACCUGAGACAGCAACGUCACCCUUCCCUGGCCAGCAGCGGGGUGAACGGGGGGACGCAGCUCUCCAUCCUGAGCAAGAGCAGCUCCCAGAUCCGCAUGUCCAGCCCGCAGGCAGAGAACGGGGGGAGUCUCAACCUUCCGACCUGAACGUCUGACGGGCUCCACGGCUUGAUCCCGCCCCCCUAUCCCUCCCUCCCUGCCUCGUCCGACCCCGCCCCAGUCUAUCCACCCACUCUGUCUGGUCCAAUCGCACCCUCCAUUUAAUGAAGCAUUUAUUGAUGACAGAUAAUACAUGGUAGUGUUGUUAGUGGGAGAACAUCAAGGCUGUUUGCAUCUUCUAACAGUCUUUUUUUCUAGAAUCCCGUUGUGGUAGUAGUUGUUGUGCACACGGAAUUGUGUUUGAAUAAUUGUAGCUUCUCAAAACAAAAUUGUUGUUUCUUUUUUCCAAUGUUGUGAUACACCUGCAUUCUACAGGUAUAUCCUUCUAAGUGUAUUCACCAAAAACAGCGGCGUGGAGGUGAUUGAGUCAGAUUGCCAUGUAGGGCGUGGAGAAGUGCUGUACAAAGUGUGAAGUAAGCUUCAAAGUGCCAUACAGGUUGCUUCAUCUCACCUAUUAUGGAUCCAAAGAGAUAAAGCAACCACAACUUUGCCAUUGCCUGUAAAAAUGCUACAGCACUUCUUUAUAAUGUUCAAGAUCAUAAAUUGUCAAAAUAUCCUUAAGAUCACGACAGUGUUCUCUUUUUAUACAAUCAGCCAUAGUACAGAGUAUGUCAAACGUGAAAACAACUCAUGGAUCCGCUCCUUGUAAAUAAUGAAUGUUGUUGUUGUGAUUCGUAUUUUCUUUUUGCAUUUCCUGUAUCAGCGGUACAGUACAGUGACAGCCUUUUCAAAAAAAGGAACUGGAGCCCAAAUCUGUAGAACUCAUCCCAUGUGUUGAGACUGUAUUCUAUGGGAAAUCCUCUCUGCCCAUCUGAAUUGGAAUUGUUUCAUUUUAUUUUACAGUAAAUGAUUGUCUUAUUGUUUUGAUCGUCGAUUCUGGUUGAAAAUGUUCUUUUCUAAACUACUGCUAUUUGCUCAGAGAGGUUUGAUACUCCAGAAAAAGGGGCACCCACUUGGAAAAGUUUGAGUAUAUUACAUAUUUAUUUGAGUGUUUAUAUAGCAUGUUUGCUUACAAUAAUACACUAAGGCCUGCAUAAAAUGAGGGUUAUGAUCUUACCUAUUUAGAAGUCUAAGUCUACUUCCUGCUUUUGCUCCUCUCAGGAGGUUCUGUCUUUUAGCAGUCAUGUUAGCAGUCCAGAACACUGACCUUGUGCUCUGUCCCCUGGAGAACCUCCCAGGACCAUCAGUUAACACUGGCACUUGUCCACCUUCAUUCAGUACCCCAGAACCACUACUAGAACCUACGUGUUUUAUUUGGGUGCAAACCUUUUGUUUUAUUAACUCAUUCAUUCCGAAGUGCCUACUCACAAUAAAUGAUAUCCUGGGUUGUAGAUUAAUGUGGACAGAGUUAGGAUUAGUUCCGAUUGAACUUUAGUUUAAAUAUACCAUUUUUCUUAAAGAAUGUAAGGAGAUGUUUUAAUUGCUAUAAUUUACUUUUUUGAGUAAAGUUGCCUUCAGGCCAGGUAAGCAGAAUGUUCUGAAAAUAUACCAAUAAGGGAAACAAAGUUGUGAAUUUAUGCCUAAACGACGACACUAUGUAUACAAGACUGCUUGCUAUUUAAAUUAUAUAAUGAUCUGUUUCUUAAGUACAGAAAUUCACCUUUGUUGAAAUGAUUUGUGUUAAAUAUUAGACAAGAGUAUUAUAGCUACACUAAAGUCACUAAACUCUCUAGUAAAACCAAUUUGGGAACCUAAGAUAAAUGACUAUGGAUGCACACAAAAACGGUAUCUUGUUGAAUCAAUACUGAUACUGAUACACCCAAAAAACAGAAAUUAUUUUCCCAUUUUGUAAGGGUACAAUCGUGAAUCUGUAUUUGUUAUUUUUGUAGUCUUUCUUUUUUCCAUGUAGUCUCUGUAUGUCUUAAAUCACACAAUAUUUUAAGAAACUGUCUAAACGGUAUUCAAAUACCAUUCAUACUAAGAUGUAAAGCAUUGCUGUAUUGAGCUCAUGUGCAGUUAUUUCUGGAUCUCUGGUGUAAAAAUGAGAAUGUAGAAAAAGUAUUUAACAUGUAUAUGUUUAGAUUUGUUAAUGAACCAACAAGGAUGUAAGUUAUUUCACGUACUGAUGUCCAUAGCAGUAUCUAUGUGUAAUACUGUACAUACCUGUGACACACUUUUGUGACAAGCGAUAGUCCUCUUGACUUCAAGCUUACAGUGCUGUGAUGUAAGUGCCAUACAUAUGUACAGAAAGCUCAAAUGUGCACAAUGAUACUGGUCUCUCAAGUUUUCCUGUCUGAUAAAACGACAACAAAUACUAAUGGACAACAAAAAGCCUUCGUUUAAUGAUGUCCAGAUCUUGUACCAUCAACGUUGUUGACAGAAUAAAUACCAGUACACAAGAUAAGGAAAUUGAGACAAAAAAAGGGAAUAGAUAGAGUGAUGACUCAACACUUCAGAGAGGCAUACUGAGACAG